AUUAAGUCCAUAAACCUAUAUACCCAAUAUGCCUACUGAAUUAGAAGAACUUGUGUCCUUUUUGCACUCCCCUCAGCCAGCUAUUGCCCAGGUUGCUUUGGAUAACCUUGUCGGGUUCUCUACUGGUGCCCACCAACAAGUUUUCAGCUAUGAAGACUACACUGCCAUCAAAGAUUUGAAGGUGAUGGCUAAAUCUAAGGGUAGAACCACUGCUAACCAAGCUGUGACUAUCUUGGCCAACCUCUGUGACGACAUAACUAUGCGUAACCGUAUUGUAGAAGAUUUGGAAUUCUUAGAAUUCUUGAUUUCUAGUAUUGUCGACAUCGAAAAUGCCAACGCCGAUAUCAUGUGUAUCUUACUUACAAACUUGGCUAAGAAUGAUUCUAUUAACAAGAUUUUUGACUUCACCAUUAAGCAUAACGAAGAAAACAGCAAGGUCUUCAAGUCUACCAAAGCUAUGGACUGUCUUAUGGACUGUUUUGUCAAGGGUGCAAACCGUACUCUCAACAAGAGAGCCGAAUACGACUACUUGUCCUACUUCUUCGCCGAUAUUUCUAGAUUCGAACAAGGUAGAGCUUAUUUCAUUACAGAACAAGAAUAUGAUGAAGUUGUUCCUCUUUCCAAGCUUCUUGUCUUCACGGAAUUCUAUGAAUCUAACAUCAGAAGAGAAGGUGUAGCUUCCACUAUUAAGAACUCAUUGUUUGAUACUAACGCACACUGGACUUUGGUUCAUGAACCAAAACUUAACUUGUUGCCAUACAUUUUACUUCCAAUUUCUGGACCAGAAGAAAUCGAUGAUGAUGAUAUGUUCAACUUACCAGAAGAAUUACAAUUAUUAGACGCUGACAAGAAGAGAGAACCUCUCCUGUCAAUUAUCUGUACUCAUUUGGAAUCUUUGCUUUUACUUUGUACCACCAGAAAAAUGAGAGAGUAUUUGAAGGAAAAGGCUGUUUAUGCAUUAGUAAAGGAAUUACAUAAGGCUCUUGAAGUUGAAGAAGUUGCUGAACUUUGUGACAGAUUAGUUCAAAUGUUAAUGAGAGAUGAAGCUCCACAAGACGAUAUGGAAGUUGAUGGUGAUGAUAGUGAUGAAGAAGAUGAUAAAAUUGUUGAAGUUUUAUAAAAGUAUAUAAUAUAGUUGUAAAUUAACAGACGCUCAUUGAGCAAAUCAAAAACUUAAAAAAAAAAAAUUAGGCUUC